GUCACUUACGUUGAACUUUCCCUCAUAGGAGGCUGCCAUUUUGGCUCCAUUAUUUAACGUGGGAGCUCUUAGGGUCCCUUGGGUUCUGUAUUCAGUAAUUGCCGCGCUUCGGCCAGGUGUGAGGGUCCAUUGGCAGGUGUGAGGGUCCAUUGGCAGGUGUGAGGGUCCAUUGGCAGGUGUGAAGGCUCAGCUUUUUAUUGGCCUUUCCGAGCAUGGCUUCCCGGAGCAGCCAGGAGAGCAAGCACGGUGCCCCCCAUACUGUGACCGGCCGUGGGGAGGGGAUGGGGGAGCGCUCGGAAGGGGAACUGCCGGAGGCAAAGGACGAGUUGGUAAAGAUCGGCAGUGUCUAUCCCUGCAAGAAAGGCAGCGGCACCCUGCGUGAUGCAAAGAUAAUGAAUAUCAGAUCAAACGAGCAAACUGGCAAUCAAGAAUACUAUGUACAUUAUGUGGGCUUGAACCAACGUCAAGAUGAGUGGGUGGACAGAUCACGCUUGUUGUUGCCUGAACCACUGACAGUAAAGGAAGAGAAGAAUGAUGCAGAAAGUCAGAAUGGAACAAAUCCAGAACAGAACAGUAGUACCACUGAGCCGAUGGAUUAUGAAACUCCUCUAUCCCCAAAACGGAAAUUUGAGGAGCCUGAGCCUGAACCCAAGAAAAUAAAGUUGGAGCCUCCAGAAUCUCCAAAAAAUGAGCUGCCUCUAGCACCGGCUAAGGAUCUUGCUGAAGAAUUGACCUGCCCUUUGUGCCUUGAGCUAUUUAAGGAACCCGUUAUGGUGGAGUGUAGCCACAAUUUCUGCAAAAGUUGCAUAGAGAAUGCCUGGGAAGUCCGGAAUUCUGUUUCCUGUCCUGAAUGUGAAGAGCCCUUGCCUGAAAAGAGUUUUAUCAUCAACCGAACACUUGAAAAACUAGUGAUGAAAACGCUUAGCCGUAGUGGGUUAUAUACAGAGAAUAAAGAACUGCUGGGAAUGUGCGCCAAACACGAUGAGAAAGUAAAGCUCUAUUGCAAAGAUGAUGGCUUGCUAGGCUGUGUCAUAUGUCGUGACUCCUUAGAGCACAGUUGUCAUAGCUUCCUGCCCCUCAUGGAUGCUCUGGAUGUAUACAGGGAAGAGCUUUCUGCCAUGUUGUAUCCGCUGGAUGUUUCGCUAAAAGCUUCUGAAGAAUUAAUUAGCCAACAGACAGAGAAAAUUGUAGUGCAUAAGGAAAAGAUGAUUGAUUAUAAACAACACAUUACAUCUGAAUUUGAGAAGAUGCACAAAUUCUUGGAAGAACGUGAAAAGAAGCUCCUGGAUCAGUUGCAAAAGCAGGGGGAUGAUCUGUUAAAGGAAAUGGAAAGUAAUCUCAUCAAGUUGGAGAAUGAUAUCGAAGACAUUAAGAAAGCAAUCGACAGGGCCAAAGAGAAGUUAGAAGAAACGGAUGCCUUACCCUUCCUAAAGGAUAUCAGGAGCUUCAUUGAUGAGUGCCAGAAGCAAAAGACUGCCAUUGAAUCCACUGAAAGAAGUGUGGUUUCAAAGGAACUUUGUCAGGCAACAUUUAAAGGACCUAUCCAGUAUUUUGUUUGGAGUAAGAUGAAACACUUUCUCGUUCCAAUGCUGGAACAAGUAACGGCAGAUCCAAACACGGCUCAUCCCAAUCUGCUUCUGUCUUAUGGGCUGACCACAAUCAGGUAUAAAGAGAAAAGGAGUAAAAUUUUCGACUCAGUGGUGCGCUUUAAUCAGAACACUUUUGUGUUGGGAAAGAAUGGAUUUCAUUCGGGCCGGCACUACUGGUUGGUAAACGUUGGGGUCAAAACUGAUUGGGACAUUGGGAUGACUAGAGACUCGAGCAAUCGCAAAGGCACGCUAAGCCUUAUUCCUGCAAAUGGGUACUGGAUCCUCCAGCUGAGAAAUCGCAACGAUUACAUAGCUAUUGAAUCUCCUGCCGUAAAACUCCGUUUGGCCGGCAAGCCUCGCAGGAUAGGCGUGUAUUUGGACUAUGAAGGAGGCAUGAUAUCAUUUUAUGAUGGUGAUGAAAUGACCCACAUUUACACAUUUAAAGAUGUUUUUACAGAUAAAUUAUACCCAUGCCUUUCACCACACGUGACUUUUAACAAGAGGAACAGUGAACCUUUACAGCUCGAGCACUAUUAGCCAUUCAAAAUGAACACGGAGAUGGUACAAACAGGCUAAAAGUGUCUGAAGCUGUCAGUGUUGCCCUUGUGUCUUUUUCUAACAAAAGAGUCAAAAUACAAACCCCCAUAUGUAAUAAAAGGCACUAUGCUUGCCCAGGAACAGUACCCAUAGCAACCAAUAAAAUUUUAAGAGCAGACAGGUGACCAGUCAAUGCUACCUGUUGAUUGGUUGCUAUGGGUUACUGCUCCUAGGCAAACAUUGUGCCUUUUAUUAUUUAACCCCCCCAAAUCUGCCUGUGUAUAGACACCCUAAAGGAAUCCUAUCUUCCCCCAGUGACCGUAAUUACAUCUGUGUGCGUUCAGACUAGUUCACUCCCCAUAAGGAAAUCUUUAGAAGUCGUUCAUGGGGCACCUGGGAGCCUUAGGAAAGAUGGUGGUGUAUGCAUUUUUAAUAAGAGAGAGCAGAGGCCUAGGGUAGGAGGUAAGUGGUCACUUGUGGGUUCCUAACAAAUUGGUGCCAAGCACAAAACGGCGCCCUUCCUGAUUAGUAUUUUAUAGGGGCCUUGCUAGAUAUUGAUAAAUUUGGGCAUGGAUGGCAUCCAUGGGCAUCAUAUCUGCCCCAGUGUGAUCUGGUCCUUGAGCCAAUCAGGUGGUCGUAUCUAGUAAAGCUUAUUUUGCAGUUGGACCACAUGAGCAGAUCCAGACUUGCAUAGCCAACUUUAGGUGCCAAAGUUCCUGCCCUUGGGCAUCUAUAAACACAAGCAAACAGCCAUGCCACUGAGUAUCCAGAAAAUAUGACUUAAUUAACUGGUUAUUUUAUUAAUAUAUCUGUUUAGUAUGUGUGUGAGUUUCCAGUGUGUCUCUCUAUCUACUUGAAAUUUUAUAAAAUUGGUAACUUAAUAAAUUCAGUACACAGGUGUCCAUGUGAAGGAGUUCUACUUUAGUUCUGUUGUGAUAAAUCUACACUAAUCGUUUCACUUCUGGAAAUAAACAUUUUUUCUCACAGCAAA